AUGACCAGAAUAUUUUGUUGGAACGUUCGCGGUUUAAACGACUCUGCAAAGCAACGUAAUGUUAAGAAUUGGAUUGAUGAGCAAAAGCCCAUUAUCGGUUGUCUAAUAGAAACUCGGGUUCGCAGUGAAGCGGUGGCUGUCAGCAUCUCUCAACGCCUCUUCCCUGGUUGGGCAUUCACUCACAACUAUCACUCAGCCGAUCUCGGUCGGAUUUGGGUCACAUGGGACCCUUCCAUCUCGGUAGUUGUCUACUCAGCCUCAGAGCAGUGCAUAACCUGUGGUGUCUUCAUUCCAGUCUCCGGGGUCUAUGCUACUAUCUCGUUCAUUUAUGCGAAGAACACGCCAGGAGAAAGACGAUCCCUUUGGACAGAGAUAUCUGGCCUCGCAACCAAUGGUCUCAUCAUGUCUAGACCGUGGUUGUUAGCCGGCGAUUUCAACCAAAUCCUUCGUCCACAGGAGCAUGCAUCACCAACGGUCCCAUUCAAUCCAACCUCCGGGAUGUUCGACUUACAGGACUGCAUCUUCUCUAACGGUCUCUUCGACCUAACGACAAGGGGUCAUUUCUUCACAUGGAUCAAUAACAACUCUGACAAUCCUAUUGCUCGAAAACUGGACCGAGCUAUUGUGAAUGAGAAAUGGUUGCUCGCUUUCCCCGAAUCUUUAGCCAGGUUUGAUGCGCCGCUGCCCUCGGAUCAUUGCCCUUGCCUAGUGGAACUAUUCCCGACCACCACCAGACGACUCACGAGCUUUAAGUUUUUUAAGCACCUGUUAAAGCAUGACGACUUCCACUUGUUAGUGAGCCAGACUUGGGCUCAAGACUGCCCUCGUAGUACGGCCAUGUAUAGGUUGUCAUACAAAUUGAAGUCUCUUAAGCCUGUUCUACGGGGACUAAAUAAAAGGGCUUUCAGUUCUAUUCAAACUCGUGUCAAGGCUGCUAUGGAAGCUCUCAAGGAAGCCCAAUCUCGAUUACUUGACAACCCAACCAUCGAGGCUGCUAGGCUUGAAUCUGACCUUCGAUCCUCUUGGUCGAUUUUGUCAGCUGCGGAGGAGACAUUCUUGAGGCAAAAAUCAAGGAUACGAUGA